AUGGGUCUACCGCAGCUUGAAAGCUGUUGCUUCUUUUUUGAUUUAAAAACUGGCAACAUAGUAAUGGGAUGUUUGAACGCGCUACUUUCCUUCAUCCUGUUCGUAAUCAUGAUAGUGCUGGCGAGUACGAUAGAGCCCAUUAAGUAUGAAGCAGAACAAGAGCGGGAUUUGAACGCGGAGGCUGCCUUGACUGGCCUUUACGUCAUGUCUAUUAUCUUAGUACUCAUGUUCUUCGUCAAGUUCGUAUUUGACAUGGUCUUUGUGUAUGGAGUUGUGGCGGAGCGGGCUGGUAUCAUAAGAUCGUACUUCAUCAUGUGGGUAGUGUUCACCCUCCUGUCCAUGUUCACGUUCUUCCUGAACGCGCCGCACUACGGCGCUGGGGCUAUCGUCAUGGAACUGUUUUAUAUAGGACUCAACAUCUACGCCAUCCUUCUCAGCCACAGUUACUACAAGCUGCUCAAUACGAGAGAAGAAGUU